AGCACACUGUCCAACACUCUAUUGCACGGCUACAUCUGCCCCUGCCUCCCAGAGAGAUAUACCGAGAUGGCGAGCACGUCGUCUCCUCCCGCCCGCGCGAGCGCAUCGACCAAGUCGUCCCGCGACGCCUGCGGCAGUAUGUCCUGCAGCCGCACCAGCUUGUCUUCCUCCCGCUCCUCGUCCACCGCGCCAUACGCCGAGUCGUGCCCGCCCAUGCCGCCGCUCAAGUGCGCCGGCACGCUCGCCGACGCCGCGAGGCCGCCGAGCCCGCCGCCCAUGCCGCCGCCAAGCGACGCCGAGCUGCCGUAGCUAAAGCUCGUGCGGACGGGCAGUGGCGGCGGCGCACCGGAAGGGAGCGAGGGCGAGCCCGAGGGCGAGUAGCGCGCGUCGAGCGACGCACGCUCCGCCGGACCGUUGGGCAUGCGCGGCCCGCUGAUCGAGCGCGUGCCGCCGAUGGGCGUCACCGACGCCGACGACGGGCUCGUGAGGGCGAGGUUGGUCGAACUGAGGAGCUGC